AUGGAGGCGCAAUUGAGAGUCCAACAUCCUAAAAUUGGCCCAGAUGAUCAUUUUGUGGACGUUGUGCAGGUUCUAGCCAUUUUCUUCGUGGAUGAGAUUACUCUUCCCUCCACCUACGAGCAAUUUCGAACCACCUCAGCAGGGCAGAAGCUCCGGGAUCUCGUAGACCACCUCGUGCUCAAUGUGACGAAUCCGGUGCUCAUCAGUGCUCUCCUGUCAGUAUCCCGCGUGGUAGUUGGUGAAAGCCCUCUGACGGACUAUCGUAGGACGCUAAAAUGGCACUUCUCCGCCCUCGAGACCGAAGACCCCAGGCUUAACGAGACUCGAGCAACCGCAUGCGAGCUGGUGGCAUCCAGAUUCCUGACUCGACUCUCCGAAAGGGAUGCGGUCGACGCUUGCUUACACAAGAUACCCCGUUUGUCAGGGCUGCAGGCUCGCACAACGUCGUCUCUAUCGGAUAUAACAGAACGCUCAACCCUAUUACCCCGAUAUCGAUCACAAGAUGGAACAAUCCGUAGCAGGCCUGGCAGCAGCAGACGGGAGGAUCUCCAAGAAGCAGUCAAUUCUAUUGCAGCCGUAUCCCAGCCGACGAAUCAAAAUAACAAAGGGAAAGAGGACCCUACGUCAGCCUUUAUAGGGCUGACUGGACUUCAAAUUGCUGUUGUUGCGGACUGCAAGAGGUUUCUGAGCCAAGCUCUUGUUCAAAAGAUUGUCACUGGCAUCUGGAGAGGAGACAUAGUAUUCUGGGGCAACCUCCACGAGCACGCCAGGAAAAAGUCUCAGUUCUACCACAGAUCGCAGUCAGACCCGUAUUCGCGAUUGCGUGUUCCAAGAUACCUCAAGAUUUCGGAAUUCGCUUUCUUCGUCACCUUCUUGUUUUUUUACUCUGCCGUUCUUGUUGAACAUAACAUGUACCACGUAACUGUUUCCGAGGGCCUACUUUAUAUCUGGCUUGCGUCCUUUAUGUGUGCCGAAUUGAGCCAGUUUAUAGGUGCCGGGACCAUGGUAUAUGCUGUAGAUCUUUGGAAUGGCUUCGAUAUGACCAUGCUCCUGAUAGGCGCAGCAUUUAUCGUUACCCGACUCAUUGGUUUGGCAACCCACAAUGAUAAGUUGAUUGAUACGGCAUUUGAUAUUCUCUCUCUCGAAGCACUGUUUAUGGUUCCAAGAAUAUGCUCUCUUCUGAGUAUCCUCCCAUACUUUGCUACUUUGAUUCCUUGCCUAAAAGCAAUGAUAAAGGAUUUCUUCAAAUUUAUGGUCAUAGUGGGGAUCUUGUAUCUUGGAUUCCUAACAACCUUCACCCUUCUGGCUCGCAAAUCCUUUACCCUUGGUGAAAUGAGUUGGACUUUGACUAGGAUUUUCUUCGGAGGGAGCGCACUUGGAUUCGCAAUUAUGCACGAUAUCAACCCGACUCUUGGCCCGCCGCUGAUGGUGAUUUUCGUUUGCAUGACAAACAUUCUUUUAAUCACAUCACUGGUCUGUGUCAUGCGCCAGAGCUUCGCGAAGGUUUUUGCAAAUGCUCGAGAGGAACAACUUUAUGUGUACUCGGUAUACGUGCUUGAAGCGUCGACUAGUAACAGUAUCACGCAUUUCUACCCGCCCCUGAACCUCAUCCCUCUUCUCUUCAUCCAACCAUUCCGCCUCAUUUUCUCAGCCGACCAGCUGCGGAAAGUCCGUAUCCAAGUUCUGAAAAUCAGCCAUUCCCCAAUCGUCGGUCUUAUCUGGAUUUACGAACGCCUCCCUUGGAAAGUCUAUAAAUCUGGCGAGCAGCUCUUCUCAUCGCACAUCCCUCAAACCACGCAGAUUCUAAUCGCUUCUUCCAAGGCGAAGAUGAAGGGCCAAAGCACAGUCCAUUCGCAUGGAAUAUCUGGGAGCUCGUCGGGCGAGGAUCUGUGUAUGGUGAAGCCCUCGACCCAGAGCGAGUUGGAAGAAAAAGUGGAGGCGUUGAGCGCGCAGAUUGCUGAAUUGGCGGCAUUGAUUGUAAAGUCGCAGGACAAGGGCCGGGCUUAG